AAAAACUGUGCAUAUUUUUAAGAUAGUUUUUAAUCUGUUUUUAUUUUAUUUAGCUAAGGAAAUAUAUACUGAAAUUAAUAUCCUGUGAUGUAGUGUUUUUAAUCAUGACAUAUCGAAGUUGUUUUACCGCCAUGAAAUAAAGUCGUUUUGAUAACGUUGCCAUACUUUAUAAUUCGUUUAUUCGUUAACUAUGGAAAUAUAAACACUUAUAUCAGAUUUUAAGUACAUUUUAAGAUAAGAAGAUAUGUGAAAAUAUCUCUCUUCGUAGUUCAUAAUUGCAAAAUAAUUAAUUAGCAAGCUGAUAUAAAGAGUUGUGUUGAAAAAACAUCAAAAUAUGGACGCAGGCGCUUAUCAAUCAUGGAAAAAAAAAAGAAAAAACACAUUUGCCGCUUACUCAAUUCAAUAUUUCGCAGUUGGAUUUGAAAGAUCUGCUACCCGUGCAACUCUAUGGAUAUAUUUAACAAAUUUGAUCAAAGCUAAAAAUCCAGAACUGUUUUUUGGACUUAUAAGCUUGAUGUAUUUUGUUCCCCCCAUAUUGUUCUCUAUGGCUAUUGCAAGGCUUGCAGACAGAACAAGAAAUAUAAAGUUGAUUAUACUACUUUGCAAUUUCAUCAGUAUGACUGGAUGUAUAAUAUAUGUCAUUCCAAUUUCGCCUUACUAUCCUUUGAUUGGUCAAACAUUACUCGGAGUUAACUCCAUAAUAAGACCGAUAACACGAGCUGAAAUAGCUAGAUCAUAUCCAGCAGAUAAAAUGAAAAAAAAGACACCUGUUCUCAUGGCUUUCUUUUUCGUUGGGUUUGCAUCUGGUCCAGUUAUUGUUCAAUUCAUACAACAUGUUGAUUUAACCUUAUUUGGUCUCCGUAUUACAAUGGGAAACUUAACUGGCAUUUUGUCUUUCUUGUGUAUUGUUGUUACGCAGAUUCUUGUCAUAUUUCUAGCAAGUGAUCUCUCAAAGGAGUACGAUUUAAAAGAAGCAACUGGAAAUGGGAAAUACAAACUUAUAACUUACGAAAAAGAAACGUUUCUGCACGUGUUGAAAAAUGUACUUAAAACGUUUGAUGUUCUCGUUGUAAUGAUUAUGACUAUGGUUGCUGCAUUCUUCCAAAUCGCUUUUGUGGCAAGUUUUCCAAUAAUUUCUAGUCUGUUAUACUUUCCCCAUUAUUUCGUCACCAUCUUCUACAUUCUCUUCGCAGCCAUAGUUUUUGUUAUAAUUGCAGUAUUGACAAGCACAAAGCUUCAAAAAAGGACUAUUUAUAUGUCUGGUUUGAUCAGCCUUAUUGUAGUAUUAAUAGCUGGAGUUAUUCAAGCUGCAUUGAUAAAGGGACAGUUAAACACUUUUAGUAACAUAACACUAACGAUUUUGCUGGCUAUCGCUGUAACCAUAGCAGAAAUUGGAGAACAAAUUUUUCUUGUUAUUGUGGCCUCCAGUUUUGUAUCAUCCAAACAUCAGGCUUAUGUGGAAAGUAUAAGAGUCACCUUGAGGCAAGUUGGUUUUAUAUUGGGAAGCUUAGUAUCUGGCUACCUUGUGUAUUAUUCCUACGCGUUUUUAAUUUUCACCGCAGUUAUGUGUUCGAUUCAGUUACUCAUAAUCAUCUUAAGAAGAAAAACGUUUGAAAACCCAGAAAUUGUUAUAUAAAAAAUUGCAUAAGAAAAAAAAUUCUUAUAACAGGAAAAAAAAAUUGUAAACAAUAUGUCCAUGACAUUACCAACAGAUAGAUUUGCAAAUUUAUCGUUUUUUGAGAUAUUACUUUCUCACAGUGGUAUGAAGGAAAUAUUUUUUAUCAUUAUACCUUGUCCUAUUUUCACACUUGUUUGAAUUACUUUUUGUUGUUAUCAUUUUUUUGAUGUGCUUUCCAGAAAAAAACGGAGGCCAGUUUCACAGUAACAUUAUUGUCACAAAACACUAAUUAACGAAGUAUUUAUGAUAUAAUUCUGCUAAUUUCCUAUAAACUUUUAUAAUCUAAAGUAUCCGCUACUGAGCCUUCCAAAUGUUAAUUUUUGUUUUUUUUUAAUUCCUCUUUAUUCCCCCGUUCCUUUUCACAUGUUAUUUAUUCCUGUACUCUAAGGUACUGGUUAUUACCCUGGUUUGUAGAUAAGAAUGCAAAAACCGCAAUUAGCACUGGAAUUAAUUUUGUUAGCUACUUUUUUUCCUCCUUUAACAAUGUUAACAUGAGUUAUUCUAGUUGUUGGUACAUUGAAAAAUCCGCUUAUUCUUCCAUCGUGCCAACCUUGUUCCCAGGGUCUUGUGGCCCCUGAGCCGUUAUUACGGAGUGGCGAACAAUUCGCCGCUAUCAACUUCAUUAACAAGGCAAAAUGCCCUGGGGAAAGAGGUUGCCGUCGUGCAUAUUCCAGACAUCGUUUUCUUUUUCUGUUCUUUAAGAGAAAGUAACCAUUCUGUUAUUCUGUACAAAAUGCAGGUAUUACUACCAGACUAAUUGUUCAACCGUUAUGAAAUAUUUACAUAUUAGCCCUGAACUUCAAACGAAGCAUAUCUGUUUGAACAAGCGCUGCAUAUGAAAGUUGUUUGUGGGUGAGAAAAGAAAGCGUUCAGGAAUGUUUGAGUUUAAUUCACCGUAUUGCAUCUGCAUUUGAAGAGAAAUAUAAAUUUCAAAAAAUGUUUCUGUUUUAUUAUACUUUGAAAAAUUUGUACUUACUUUUAUAGUUUAUGUAAUCAGACAUUUGUGAACUUAUAACACCACCCACAAUUCUCAUUUUCAUGCUAAUAGAAACAAUCCCUCAUGAUAAUUUUGAAAAAUUGUUUCGAUAAGCUGGUGUUAAUUUAAUGUUAAAGAAUAAUUACAUCCAUAGAAAUUUUUAUAGAAGCAGUCGAUCUUUGUAAGAUAUCAGCAAACUGUUUUAAAUCUACUUAAAAUUAUAUUUCUUCGUUCAAUAUAAUUUUAAGUAGAUUUCAAGAGUUAUUAAAAGGAGAGAGAUAUGGAAAAAAAAAUUAACCCGGUUCACACAAUAACAACGCACAAAAACAACUUGUAUGCUUGCAAGAAGUUGGUACAAACCGCCAACGAGUUAAAUGCGACUCUCGUAUCAGCCUAACCCACCUUACAUGCACUGCCAUAGUAAAUACACAACAAAAGCUUUAUAAUUCCAAGACAGCAUACUCGUGGACAUGUGCACAGUGCGCAAGUGUUUUACCUUUUUUAAUAAAGGCUCUGCAGAAACCGUCAUGAAUACCGCUACACAUGAAAUGGAAAAAAUAAUCAUCUUCUUAAAAUCUAGAACAGCGCAACGAUCAAACAUCUAUAAAACACUCAUUCGCUGAUGUCUUUUUUU